AAAUUAUAUCUUUAAACCUUUUUACAACACUCUAUACAAUAUAGCAUAUCUGAAAAAUAGAUAACCGCUGUUGACCAGGCCGUGUCCGGCGUGAGCUCUAAGGUCUAGAAUAGGUUUUAACCUAUAAUACAAAUAAAUAUUCCGUAUUCGAUAUGCCAGAUGCUAGCAUUCGCGUUAUCUGCCGAUUCCGCCCCUUAAAUGAGGCAGAAGGAACUAAGGAAUUAUCGAAUGAAUUUUUAACAGAGUUCGAGUUUCCAGACGAUAAAAAUGUAGUUGUUAAGCAAUCGAAAACCAAGUCUCAGCCUCAAGUUUUUUCAUUUGACAAAGUGUUUCAUGGUCCGAAUGUAACUCAGUUAGAGGUGUAUGAAUCAGCGGCUAAAGAUACUAUCAAUGACGUGUUGGCAGGAUAUAAUGGCACUAUUUUUGCCUACGGUCAAACAGGCUCUGGAAAGAGCUAUAGUAUGUCAGGUCCUAACGUGGUCUCUGAGGAAACAAAGGGAAUUAUUCCUCGUGCGUGCGAUCACAUUUUCGACUAUAUUAAUAACGAUGUAAGCAAUAUUGAAUAUAUUUUGAAAUGCAGCUACUUGGAAAUAUACAAAGAAAAUAUUCGUGAUUUGUUAUAUCCAGAUUCUGAUCAGAAAUUGAAGGUGAGAGAAACCUCAUCAAAUGGUGUAUGGGUCGACGGGCUAUCAGAGCAUUACGUUAGUAGCAUAGAAGAAAUUGUUGAGCAUUUAAAAACUGGUGAAAGGUAUCGCUCUAUUGGUGCCACAAAGAUGAACACCAAUUCUUCGCGGUCUCACUCACUCUUUAUUUUAACUAUAACUCAACGAAACAAAGAUGGCUCAACAAAAGAGGGUAAACUUAAUUUAGCAGAUUUAGCCGGAUCAGAAAAAGUUUCUAAAACUGGUGCUGCUGGAGAAACGCUUGAAGAGGCGAAAAAAAUCAAUCAAUCCCUCUCGGCGCUCGGAAACUGCAUCAAUGCCCUUACACAACCCAACAGAACACACAUUCCAUACAGAGACUCAAAGCUUACCCAUAUUCUGCGUGAAUCUUUGGGAGGAAACAGCAAAACUACAUUAUUGGUGACUUGUUCUUCGCACCUUAGCAAUGCAGAUGAAACCAUUUCUACCUUGAAAUUUGGGCAGCGGGCCAAGUCUAUAAAAAAUUGCGUGUUUAUAAAUCAAAAACGCUCUGUCAAAGAACUGGAAGUUAUCAUCAAAAAUCUCACCUUGGAGCUGUCCCGCAUGAAAACUUAUACAGAAUUCUUAAAAACGGAAAUAUUGAAGUUAAUUCCUGAAUAUGAUUUUACUCAGCUUGAUAAAAAGUUUUUUGGUAUACCACAUGAAGUUAGUCAAUCGACAAUGGCGACGACAGAGCCGAAUACGAUGCCUCAUUCAGACUUGCGUACAGGUGAAAACAGGACUAGCAUCCGAAUAAAUGAGGAUUCAUUUAAUCAACCUAGUACACCUCAGACACCAAAAAGCGCCGUAUCUAUUGCUGCGAUGAAUGACGGCAGUUCGAUGGAUCAGGCUUACCUUGAUCCAGUUAUUUUCGGAAAUACAAAUUCUCUGUCUACACCAAAAACACCGCUAGUUCAUUUGAAUGCCAUAUUCGAUCCUAUGGCUCUAGCGGAGGCGCAGUUGAAGAUUUCGAUGAUGAGAGAAAAGUACGAGUUGCAAAUUGCUGAUUUGAAAGAAGAAAUUUCGCAAUUAGAAUCUAAGAUAAGGGAAUUUGAGGAAAAGCUUUCAAACGCUGACGGGGAAUCGAUUGGCCUGAUCCAAGAGUUAAAGGUAGCUCAGGCACGGUUAGAGGAAGAGCGUGAGAGUAGCCUCAUCCGUGAAUCGAGUUUAAAAUACGAGUUGAAUAAAAAAGUUACUGAAGCUGAUGCGAAAGUGAUUGAACUGAGCGAGCAAAAAAAUGUACUGGAAGAGAGGUUUGCUAUAAUUUCAUCAUCUAAGACAAAGUUGGAGUCAGAAUUUGAAGCAUUGCGCGAAGAGAAAAGCGAGCUAGAGAAGCAGGUGAUGACUUUGCAGGCAGAAACGCAGAGGUGGAGGCACCGAGUUAAUUCUGUCUCAGGCGAAUUGAGGCAAAAAAUUUCCGAGAGUAAAGAAUCCUUGGAACGUGCUCAAGCACAAGUUGCGAGUAGCAAGGUUCAGAUUAAUGAUAUGCAAGAAGAGUUAAAACAAAAGGUGCAGGUGAUAAAUAAUCAAAAGAUAGAAUUGCAUCAGUUAGGAGAAGAAAAUUCAUGCUUAAAAGAAAGUUUGUUGUCAUUGCAAGCUGAGAAAAUGAAGGUGUUGAAUAUGGAGUUGGAAUUGGAUUCGAUGAACGUUGAGAAAAAAAGGGCUUCGAAAAAUUUUUUGGAAUUAGGUGGGAUCAAUCUAGGAAUAAAAUCUGUCGAUGAAGUAGCUAGUUUAAAGUCUGAGAUAAGCUGUUUGACUAUGACGCUAAAAAUUAGAGAUGAGGAGUUGAAGGAACUUUUUAAAAAGUUGUCCGACCAGGUUCAGCUUACCGAAGAGGCAAAUGAAUCUGUUCGGUUGCUCCGGAACACGCUUGAGUCUACAGAGCAAAAAGCUCAGUUACGCUUCGAACAAUAUGAAGAUCAGUUGCAGCUAUUACAAACCGCGUUAGGAAACGAGAGGAGAAACAACGAAAAAAUACAGUUAGAACUCAAUUGUGCGGCGCGUCAGCUCAAUGCCCAGGAGAUACACUUAAUGAAUACUCAUGAUUUAGUGGAAAAGACGCAGAGGGAGACCCAGAAGGCUGCCAUAACCGCGACCACUCAAUUGGAACAAGCUAACGUACACAUUUAUAACCUUGAAAAAUUAGUCGACAGUUUGCAUGAGCGGAACGCUAGGCUGCAGGAAGAGUUGAAUACAAGUACCAAGCUAUUUAGGCAAAUGAGAAAGAGCCUACAGAAAGAGCGGGACGAGCAGCCGGCGGAUCAGGCCCAGAACAAAGAAAAUGCGAACAGGUCGACUCGAAAUUAUGCAAAGAAUGUUGCUCGGCCAAUGAUAGGUGGAGGAGGAAAAAAAUACGCAGACAGCCCAGGGAAUUUCAAGCCGAACACCGAAUCUCGUGGUUUUCUUAGUUGGCUAUUUCACCGGGCCGAGAUGCCUUCCAGAAAUUAUUUAGAUAGCGUGACAUCCAUAAAGGGGUUUCUAUGGAAGCAGUCUGGUAUAUUUCGACUGUGGCAAGAACAUUUAUUCUAUCUUCACGAUGGAUGCUUGUACAGCUUUGCUUCAAAAUCUAGCCGGGUAGCCGACAAUUGUUUUAUAGCCAAUGGGUAUUCCAUUAACAUGGAAGAGCAGUCAGAUUCAGAAUCUCAAUAUAAAUACCAGAUUCACCUCUCACAUCCAGAAAAAAAGAGCCUCGUUCUGUGCGCGCACAAUUUAGAAGAGAUGGCAUAUUGGGUAGACAAUCUCAACCAACAGCUUAGCAAAAACUCUAAAUGAAUUUACAAGAAAGGUGAAGACAGGUGAACGCUAUAACGGAUCUAUAUAGGUGAAAAAGCUAUUAUAUAAAAAGAAUACAAUUAAUUAUUAUUGCAACAUCUUUUUGGUACAUUUGUCAUGGCUUAGAUAAUUUUCCUUAAAUUGGAGAGCACGGAGUCGCGCAUGCGAGACUGGCUCAUCCUCACCAGUUUGUUGGUUGGUUCGUGGUCCGUACCGUAUGGUUGAUUUAAUACAUUACAUUAGUAGCAGCGAUUGAUAACAACACGAUUUAGAUAGACUUGUUCUAUAUCUUUGGUGCUGUCGGGCUUUACAGGUUCUCCCCAACCAUUCGAUGCUGAAAUUAUAUCAGAAUAGUUUUCCAGCGGAAUAGUUAUAUAGUUGCCUUGUAAGUUUGACAAUUCUCUAAUAUAUCCUGGAUUGAGAGGUUUCUCAACGAGUUCAGGUUUUUUCUCA